CUGCAGGGCCGCGCUCGGACUCUGCACCCUGCGCCCAGGCCCGCGGGUCCGUGAUCGGCUUCCCGAGUGGGCGACGCGCCGGUGGCCUUGUCGAGGCGGAGAUGGCUGCCACGCUGCAGCGUAUUGAGCAGCUGUCCAGUCGGGUGGUGCGCGUGUUGGGCUGUAACCCGGGUCACAUGACCCUGCAGGGCACCAACACCUACCUGGUGGGGACCGGCUCCAGGAGAAUCCUCAUUGACACUGGAGAGCCAGCAAUUCCAGCAUAUAUCAGCUGUUUAAAGCAGGCUCUGGACAAAUUCAACACAGCAAUCCAGGAAAUCAUAGUGACUCAUUGGCACCCGGAUCAUUCUGGAGGCAUAAGAGACAUCUGUGAAAACAUCAGUAAUGAUUCUGCCUAUUGCAUUAAAAAGCUCCCACGGAAUCCUCAUAGAGAAGAAAAGAUAGGAAAUGGAGAGCAACAAUACACUUAUGUGAGAGAUGGAGAUGUGAUUAAGACUGAGGGAGCCACACUAAGAGUUAUAUACACGCCUGGCCACACGGAUGACCACAUGGCUCUGCUCCUGGAAGAGGAAAAUGCUAUUUUUUCUGGAGAUUGCAUCCUUGGGGAGGGAACAACUAUCUUUGAAGACCUCUAUGAUUAUAUGAAGUCCCUAAAAGAACUAUUGAAUCUCAAAGCUGCUAUCAUAUAUCCAGGACAUGGCCCAGUAAUACACAAUGCUGAAGCUAAAAUUCUAGAAUACAUUUCUCACAGAAAUAUUCGAGAAGAUCAAAUUCUUGCUUUACUUCGGGAAAACACUGAGAAACCAUUUACAGCAAAGGAGCUUGUAGCAAUUAUUUACAAGAACAUUCCUGAGAACUUACAUAGAAUGGCUGAACAUAAUGUCUUCCUUCAUUUGAAGAAACUAGAAAAAGAAGGAAAAAUAUUCAGCGACACACGUCCUGAGCAGAAAUGGAAAGCUGUUCUUUAGUGUCACAUUAGUGAAAGUUCUGUUUUAUUUUUAGGGGAUGGUAUGUUUUCUUAGCUGUGGAUCAUUUAGAGAGAAUAUUAGAGUGGAAUAUUGAAAAGUAUCCUAGAUACACAUUGAAUAAUGUCAUGUUAUUCUAAAAUCUAUGAAUUACACAUUGACAAUACAGAUUUUUACAUAACAUUAGCCUUACAGAUUUUUACCAAAAAUUAAAAAUCAACAGUCUAGCACUUUUUAGUAAUAAUCAGUGGUAAUUACCUUAACAUUAAUAAAAUUUCUUUAAGUUCAAAAGGCUGUUAUUCUUGGAGAUUAGUUUUCUGUUACCAAUGGUUGGUAAUUCUGUUUCCUCUAGCAGCUUCAGUUUACAGUACAGAUUUAUAUGUCUUCUUAAAUUUUCCUCAAUCUUUGUCUAUUAUCUGAAGAUAAUAGCUUUAUUUUCAUGUUUCUGUAAUUUUUUGUGAUUAAGUAUUGGUUCUAUAAUAUUGUAUGUUUUUUGUGGUGAUAUCCCACAAAUGAUUGAUGAAAAUCAGCUUUUGUUAACUGAAAAAUGUAAAUUGCACAAUUAAAAGUAUUAUGUGAUA